AUGAACGAGGUGGGACGACACAAGUGGAGCAAAGGAAGCGCGGCCCGCCUUUCCCUUGGAAAGUAUUUGGCACUUGGAAAGGGGGAAUCGGAAUCGGGAGGCCAAGGCCGGGAUUCCAUACUGGAGGAGGCCUUCGAGUCCGUAGUAGCCGCGAUAUACUUGGACCAGGGCUUUGAUGCUGCGCACGGUUUUGUGCUUAUGGCCUUGGAACCAGAAUUGGCCGAGAUAUGCAGGCAUGGCAAGCCUCUGGACAACCCCAAGUCACGGUUGCAGGAACUGGUACAAGGACUGGGCUGCCCCACACCCAAGUAUCGCCUGGUUUCAACCGACGGUCCGGACCAUCUGCCAGUUUUUACUGUGGAAGUGCUUAUAGGUGAGGAAAUACUGGGUAAAGGUUCCGGCGGCAAGAAAUCCGACGCCGAGCGCGCCGCUGCACAAGUGGCCCUAGAUGCCUACGAAACCAAUAGUGGCAGGCUCCAAAUGCUUGGCGAGUAUUUCAGCCAUCCUGACGCUUUGCCCGAACAGCAAUCCAGGAUGCCCAGCGACAACCUAAGCCAAACUCAGUCCAACAGGGACGGAAGCAAAGAAAAGCUAUGCUCUCAUUCUUCCAACGCAACCGGGACAACAUCCAAGAGAAAACCGCCGACGGUGUCAGGCGGAGUCGGGAACGCUGGUUCGGACGAAUCCUCGGUGUUCUCCGGUCGUCUAACCUAUGAGGCGACUUGGGAAGAACUCGAAGAAAUCCUGAUUUCCGCGGACGUUGGGGUGGACACCUCCCUGCGUCUCAUUGAGGAACUCAGGUCCCAAAUCCGGGAGGAAGGCAUCGGCGACGCCGAAACAGCUUUUGACCGGCUGAAGCAGACCAUUGCUCGUGAUUUGGAAACAGGCGCAUCACCUACCGCCUGGUUGGAAGCUCCCCCAACCGACACUCCUUACGUGAUUCUGAUGGUGGGUGUGAACGGCGUAGGCAAAACAACAAGCAUUGCCAAAUUGGCCCACCACCUCACCAAGGAAGGCAAGAAGGUCGUUUUGGGAGCUGCAGAUACUUUUCGUGCCGCGGCUGAGGAACAAUUGGAAAUCCUCGGGAGUCGUGUCGGCGUAGAAGUAAUCAGCCAUCAGCCCGGAGCCGACCCUGGCGCAGUUGCCUACGAUGCUUAUCAGGCCAGCAAGUCACGGGGUGCCGAUGUAUUGAUAGUGGAUACCGCGGGCCGUCUUCACACCAGGUCCAACCUCAUGGAAGAAUUGAAGAAAGUCCACAGGGUUAUAAACCGACUGGAUUCAGCUGCGCCACAACAGGUAAUAUUGACCCUGGAUGCUACUACGGGCCUGAACGGCCUGACUCAGGCCCACGCUUUUACUCAAGCUGUAGGUUGCACCGGCAUUUUCCUGGCAAAAGCUGGACGGCACGGCACGCGGCGGCAUUGUGCUGGCUAUAAGGCAAGAGCUAAAGGUGCCAAUUCUUUUUAUCGGCACCGGGGAGUCUCUGGAGGACAUUGCUCCCUUUGA